UGAAGAAACCGCUCUGGGGCUGGACGGAGGCGGAGCAGAAGCUCACACUGGACCAACAGAAGAGCCUUAAGAUGCUAGGAACGAUCCUAGGGCGGUCCCCGGCGCGAGGCACUCUGGGAUUUGUAGUUUACUUCCCGGACAGCUCCUCUCUCAUUUCGGCCGCCCGCCUUUUAAACCUCGCUUUCUCCCGGCACGCCGACUACUUUAUCGCGGCACGUCCUCACGUACGACUACACUACCCAGAAAUCCCUCCUUCGCGCUCCGGCAGGCGCCCGGUCUCCCUCGAACUACAGUUCCCAGAGGGCUACUGGAGAAGGGCUUCCCCCGCUUUCCCGGGACCACAAUUCCCAGAGACUUGACUUCGCGGCUUUUCUCUCGGUGUCGUGUCUCUCUUGGCCCUGGCUAGGCUAGUAGGGCCACAGCGACGACGUGUUCCGUCGUGUCCAGAGUCAGGGUGUACUCUUCGGCCGGGCUUUCUGUUCUUUCAACCACUUUUGCCGGACAGACCGUCGCGGCCGGCUUGAGCGGUGACCUGGCGGGCCGCGCCUGCGCCCUGCCGCGUUUCCUGCCUGGCUGGUGGCGGCGGCCAUUUUGUUCAUCCUCCUCCUCCUCCUGCUCCUCCUGGUUGGAGCGCAGUGUCCGGAGCGGGCUGGGGGGAGCGAGCCGGAGAGCGGGGUUCAGUACCUUCUCCUCUGUCCCCAGCCGGAGCCCGGAGCCCCCCUCCCCUUCCUUCCCACCCCCUCCCCUCCCCAGCCCUGCCCUCCCCCUUGUCCCGGGAUCGCUCCGUCGCACCCACCAUGAUGGAAGACGACGGACAGCCCCGGACUCUACACACACAAGCUAAGACAUAUGGUUCUAUCUUCAGAAAACAAUAUGGUGUUUAUAGCCUAGAUACGUAGGUAACCUCUCCAGAGAUGUGACAGAAGUCCUUAUACUCCAGUUAUUCAGUCAGAUUGGACCCUGUAAAAGCUGUAAAAUGAUAACAGAGCAACCCGAUAGCAGAAGGGUCAACUCUUCUGUUGGAUUUUCUGUUUUGCAGCAUACAAGCAAUGACCCAUAUUGCUUUGUGGAAUUUUAUGAACACAGAGAUGCAGCUGCUGCAUUAGCUGCUAUGAAUGGGAGAAAAAUUUUGGGAAAGGAGGUCAAAGUAAACUGGGCAACAACACCAAGUAGCCAGAAAAAAGAUACUUCCAAUCACUUCCAUGUGUUUGUUGGGGAUUUGAGUCCAGAAAUAACAACAGAAGAUAUCAAAUCAGCAUUUGCCCCCUUUGGUAAAAUAUCGGAUGCCCGGGUAGUUAAAGACAUGGCAACCGGAAAAUCCAAAGGCUAUGGUUUUGUAUCUUUUUAUAACAAACUGGAUGCAGAAAAUGCAAUUGUGCAUAUGGGGGGUCAGUGGUUGGGAGGCCGACAAAUCAGAACCAAUUGGGCCACACGUAAACCACCUGCCCCUAAAAGUACACAAGAAACAAACACUAAACAGUUGAGAUUUGAAGAUGUAGUAAACCAGUCAAGUCCAAAAAAUUGCACUGUGUACUGUGGAGGAAUUGCUUCAGGGCUGACAGAUCAGCUUAUGAGACAAACAUUUUCACCAUUUGGACAAAUUAUGGAAAUUAGAGUUUUCCCAGAGAAGGGCUAUUCGUUUGUCAGAUUUUCAACUCAUGAAAGUGCAGCCCAUGCCAUUGUGUCUGUGAAUGGUACUACAAUCGAAGGACAUGUGGUUAAAUGCUAUUGGGGUAAAGAAUCUCCUGAUAUGACUAAAAACUUCCAACAGGUUGACUACAGUCAGUGGGGCCAGUGGAGCCAAGUGUAUGGAAACCCACAACAGUAUGGGCAGUAUAUGGCAAAUGGGUGGCAAGUGCCUCCCUAUGGAGUAUAUGGGCAGCCAUGGAACCAGCAAGGAUUUGGAGUAGAUCAAUCACCUUCUGCUGCUUGGAUGGGUGGAUUUGGUGCUCAGCCUCCUCAAGGACAAGCUCCUCCUCCUGUAAUACCUCCUCCAAACCAAGCUGGGUAUGGAAUGGCAAGUUUCCCAACACAGUGAGCUGGGACUCUAAACACAAUUGUAACUCACCAUAGGCUGCAGUUUCCUGUGACACUCUGAAGACAUGGAAAGUAAACAUCAGAAAGUGAAAAUAUUUAUUUUAAAAAUUGAAAUGUUGGAACCUUUAGCACAGCUUUGCUUAAGGAAGGACACGUGUCUUCUAGUUCUGCCUUUUUAAGUUUUUGUUCAUGAUGGAUAUGAACAUGAUUUUUCUUUGUGUACAAAAACUAAAAUAAAGUCAAUAAAGACAA